AUGUCCGGAUCUGGCUCGGGCCUUGUCCAAGCCACGUCACCGGCCGAUGGCGUCAGGGUUAUCUCGUUCAAUCGGCCAGCCAAGCGCAACGCCCUCUCGAGUCAGCUGAUCGCCGCCUUUCUCGACAGCCUGGCCGGGGCCUCGCAAGACUCGGCCGUCAAGGUCAUUGUUGUGACUGGCAACGGCCCGUUCUUCUCAGCCGGCGCCGAUCUCAACGACAUCGCGGCGCUCGACUCGGCAGGGGCCCGGUCGUGUCGCUACCUCGAGGACCUGUGCAAUGGCAUGGCGGCCGUUCGCAAGCCCGUCGUUGCCGCUGUCAACGGCCCAGCGCUCGGCGGAGGGUUCGAGGUUGCCCUCAUGUGCGACCUCAUCAUUGCGGCCAAGUCGGCCUACUUUGCCCUGCCCGAGACUCAGAAGGGGCUCAUUCCCGGCGCCGGAGGCACGCAGCGACUGACGGCGGCCGUGGGCAAGUAUCGCGCAAUGCGCACCAUCCUGCUCGGCCGGCCAAUUACGGGCGACGAGGCCAUGUCCUGGGGCCUGCUGUGCGACCUGGUGGCCGAUGCCGACCUGAUGGAGCAAACCAUGAUGACCGCUACCGAGCUCGCGGGCCGGGGGCAGGAGGCACUUCAGUUUGCCAAGGAGGCCAUCGGCAGAGCCGACAGCCUGUGCCGCGAUGACGCGUUGGAGAGAACCCUGUAUUACGCAACCUUUGGCACCGAAGAGAAACGGAGAGGCGUCGACGGCUUUCUCGUGCGGAAGGCCAAGACGAGCAACACCUCGGCGACCGGGGCGGGAGCGGCUUGCAGCUGA